CGGCGAGCCCGGGGAUGAGGCGGCUGUGGGGCGCGGCGGGGGCUGCCCUGGGGCUGGCGCUGCUGCUGCUGAGCCCCGCGCGCGCCGUGGAGCCCGUCAGCCUGGGGCUGGCGCUGGCCGGGGCCGCCUCGGCGCUCACGGGCUACAUCUCCUACCGGCCCCUCUACUGCCUCUUUGCUGAGUGCUGCGGGUCGCGCCCGGGUCGGCACUUCGGAGCAGCCCUGCAGCAGGAUUUGGAGAAGAGGCUGUUCGGCCAGCACCUCGCGCAGAAGGUGAUUGUCAAAGCCGUGACCGGCUUCCUGAGCAAUGCGAACCCCAAAAAGCCUCUCACCCUCUCGAUGCAUGGCUGGACGGGCACAGGCAAGAACUACGCCAGUAAAAUCAUUGUAGAGAACAUUUACAAGUCAGGCUUGAACAGCAAAUACGUCCAUCAGUUUGUGUCCACUUUGCAUUUUCCACACGCAAGUCUCAUCAGGCAGUAUACGGAUGACCUGCAAUCCUGGAUUCGGGGAAACGUGAGCGACUGCGCCAGGUCAAUUUUUAUAUUUGAUGAAAUGGAUAAAAUGCAUGCAGGACUCAUAGACUCCAUUAAACCAUUCUUAGAUUAUUACGAGCAACUUGAUGGGGUGUCUUAUCGACAAGCCAUCUUCAUCUUUCUCAGCAAUGCAGGGGCAGAAAAGAUAACAGAAGUGGCACUGGAUUACUGGAGAAAUGGAAAGAAAAGGGAAGACAUAGGCCUCAAAGAACUGAAUGAUGUGGUCUCUCUGUCUGUUUUCAAUAAUAAGAAUAGUGGCUUUUGGCACAGCAGCCUGAUAGACAGAAAUCUCAUUGACUUCUUUGUCCCUUUCCUACCUCUGGAGUAUAAGCAUGUGAAAAUGUGUGUCAGGGUGGAACUUGAAUCACGUGGCUACGUUGUGGAUGAAGACAUUGUAAACGAAGUAGCUGAUGAAAUGACCUACUUCCCCAAGGAGGAAAAAAUUUAUUGUCACAAAGGAUGCAAAACUGUAUACACAAAGCUGGAUUAUUAUUAUGAUUUGUAGUGUUUUAUGAUGCUGCAAUCUGCAAAGGAACAAAUGAACUUAAUCAGAAGCUGUGGAAAAACCAAAAUGCUUUAUUAUUUUUCAAGCCUUUUUUUUUUUUUUUAAAGGGUACAUUACCAUUUUUUAAUUGUCUGUCUGAGGUACUUAAGUGGCAGUGGACCGGCAUUUUUAUUCUGGGGGAAACUUUCAGUAGCCACAGCUCCAAAAGAUUUCAGGCCUGUGCUGGUCAGUUCAGAAAGAACUGUCUAUGGAGAGGUUGCCCAUCCCUUAUGGAUCAUUGUUUAAAAAUGCUUAUGAUUUUUCUCAAAUCAGGUAUUGAUUGUUAGUCGUGCAGUAGAACACUGGCUCAUGUGCAAUGCGUAUUUUCACCAAGUUAUCAUUCAAUGUGGAAAUGAUCUUGAGAUUGUACAGCAAUUUUUAAACAGAGCUCUCAUGUCUUCCUCGGAGGAUGCUUCCUCAGAGUUCUGGUUGGACAUAUUCCCAGACCUGCUUUGAAAGGUGGGUAUGUAGUUAUUUUUCCUUAAACAAAAACACCUUUGGUGCAUUCAGCUCUGUUGGAACCAAUAGGUGACGUCCUUAUGCUUUGAUUUUAUGCAGUGCCAGUAUGAACAUCUCCUUUGGUGCCAAACAGCGUUAGCGGUGUGGGAAGUCCAACCUGGUAGGGGAAUAUUUUUAAACAACGCUGAGUUAACAAAACAAAACAACUAAAGCAAAAUCCAUGACAAUGUCCCUGUAAUGGAGGUACUAUCUUUUUUUAGCUGUUUUGACCUGUGAAUUUGGGUACUCCAUUUGUGCUCAUGCUGGUGCUUUUUCAUCUUUCUUGGAAUGAUGUUAAAGGGUUGUUGGCUAAAAUCCAAUGACGCUUCUUGUUUGGAUUGUUGGCUUCAUAGUCACAACCACCAGAAAUGGAAAUCAAACCUGCUUUGUAUGUUUCUGCUCUUUCCUUGCUUUCCCCGCAAACAUUAUAAAGCACCUGCUAUUGAGGAACAGAUGAAGGCAGCUUCAAAAGCUUCUGGGAACAUGUUUAAUUACUAUAAGGAUUCAGCUAAAGGCCCUAUCAAACAUCUGCCAGCCCUAUUUAUAAACAUCAGUACUGCUGACCUUUUUCACUCUGAUUUUUAAAUAAGACUUGUAAUUGGUCAAUAAACCUUCUCUUACCAGAAAAUGCUUAUUGGCUACUCUUCCAGUAUGGGUGAAUAUGCUUAAUGGACUGAUUUAAUCCUUAACUCUGGGCACAUUUGUUGCCUAAUGAGGAAAGCUUACAAUGGCUGCUUUUUGCUUGAAACAUAGUUGUGCAUGGAUACAAAUAUCUGGUUCUUGGAUACUCAGGGGGUUGGUGCUGGAGAUGGACCAUGCUUUUUCUCAUUACUGAAAAUGACUUUUGGAAGCCUAAACUUGCAAGGUUUUUAAAAUUGGAACAAAUUUAAGUUUUUCAGAAUUGUCUCACUGUAUUUUUGGGGAAGAAAAACUGAGCAGCGAGACUUGUGUCUUUCCUGUUUGUUCCUGUUAAAGUUGGAUAACUUGCUAACUUCAA